CCUUUUGCUGAGACUACGCUUUGAGAAGGUCAGCGUCAUCCCAGAGCAGCCGAUUUCCCAUCUGGCGCGAUAGGGGGCGCCCUUGAGAGGAGGAGGACUGAGGACUCCACUUCACCCAGCCACCAACUCUGUCCAGGUGAGUGGCAUCGGCAGCCCUCCGCACCUGCAGCCACCCACUUCCUUCUCUCUUCCUGAGAUUUUACUUUGAGGGUGUGAGGACAAAAGUUUCAUGCUUGAGCAGCAGACUCUGCUUCCACAUUGGGGCCUUGAUGCUUUCAGGGUAAGAGGAGAUGCUCUGGGGGCCAGGAGGAGGAAGAUUCACCAUUGUGCAGCCAAAUCUGCGCAAGUGAGUGGCCCCUGCAACUGCUGCCACAACCUACUUGGCUUGGACUUCACUUGGAGGGAGCAAGAAGGAAGAUGCCACCCUAGAACAGCUUGCUCUCCUCCGACUGGAAGGCCAUAACACUUUCAGGUCCUCUGGAGGCGAGGAGGAAGACGGAGCCUUUGUAGUCGGGCGAGGGGCACUGGCAAUCCUUCACCACCUGCAGCCACCUUCUCCCUUGUGGGGACUUCACUGAGAGAAGGCACAAGGAAAUGUCACCUUAGAGCAGGAGGAGCUUGGCCCUUUCAGGGUGGUAGGGGGUGCUCUGGAAGUGAGGAGAAGAAGGAGACUCAGCCUUUGCAGCCCCAAUUCUGCGCUGGAAGCUGCACCAGCCGUCUCUCAGCACCUGCAGCCUCCUCCUCCUCCCUUGCAGAGACUUCACUUGGAGGGAGGGAGAAGGAAAACGUCAUCCUCAGGCAGGCCACUCUCCUCCAACAGGAGGCGCUUGGUGCUUUCAGGGUGCUAGGGGGCGCUCUGGUUGCCCAAGCCAGGAUCAGGGAGCCUUAAGAAGGAGAAGGAGAAAGGCUCCCUCUCUGAUCUCAUUCCUCCAGAUCCACCCCCAGGCAAACUCUUCCAGCUUCAUGUUUCUGAGAAUUAUUUCCACCACCCCCUUUCUGCUUUGAAGCCAGGCCUGAGCUCCCACCCACGGCUCUGCUUCUCCCGCCUUUGUUUUCUCAUGGUGCUCGCAGAUGCCUUCUGUGGUUCCCCAUUGCCACGGUGGCUGGAGAGGUCUGGAAGGGUGGCCACAGCAUGACUUCAACUGCUUGGGAACCAAAAAAGACCAGAAACCCUUUUCUUGGGGGCCCGUCAAGGCAAGCUUGAGUUCUAGGAGAAUUCUUAAGCAAGGCUGACCAGUUGAGCAAAUGCUUUGCAGCAUUUAACUUGAGUGGUGGGGCUGAACAAGAAUUUCAUCUCUAGAGACUUCGGUAUGAGAUUUGUUACCUUUUCCUAGGAUUCUCCAACCUUUGAAUGCCUUGAGCAAAAUAAUCUGGGUUAUCAAGACGCGUGACACAUACACACACCCCGGAUCUAAUGCUUGAGGAACAAUGUCCGACAGCACAGCAAGGAAAGUUCAGCCGUUCACAAUCAGUACAAAGCUUUCCUUACCAAAGUACUCCCUGGAUUUUCCGGGAGAAAGCUGUCAAGGUAUCUCUAUCGCUGCUCUGGAUAACUGUGGCUUGCACAAAAACCUCAAUGAGAGUGUUUCUCUGUAUCUGGCUCGGAGUUCCCCGGUACCCGCAGGAGACGGGUUCAAGAGCACCAGCCCAAUUGAGGGUGUUGUCACCCAUGAAGAUCGCCUCAACUGCAACUCCUUGUCCCGCUCCAUCAAGAAGAUCACCCUGUCCAACUGGCAGGGAGAGCCUGGUCCAGGUGAGCAGCAUGGGAUGCUUGGGGGCUCUCCCCACACCAGCUCUGAGAGGAACUGCAAUAACAACAACUGCAGGACAGGAAAAGCACAGUUCAAGGUCUUUCUCAAAAAAGAGGGAGGAAUAGAGGAAGAAAAGCAAGAAGUCAGGAAGCUCCAAGUUGGAAGUCGUUCUUCAGCAGCUGCUCCUCUUCACAUGAUUGCAGAAUCUGCUGCUUCAGCUUCAUGGAAGGAAGGUGUCAAGAACACACAGGCAAGCGAAGUAGUGGGGCUGAAGUUUGGCAGCCAGAGCAGCCCAGGACUGGAAAACCUUUGCAGCAAGAGCCCCCUCACAGCUCAGUUCAGCCGCGAUAUGUUGCAGGCUGAAAAAUGGGUACAAGGAAAACUCCUUGACCUGAAGGAUGGUUGCAGUAUUCAGGAAUGGGGGCGCAUGGCCCAAACUUUACAAAGAGAUAUGAAAGACUUUGAUAAUACUAUGAUCAAGCUGAACCAGAUGGGUGAGCAACUCAUGGUCCGACCAAACCACAGCAUGGAGAUCGCAAGGCGGCUUCAAUCCCUGCAAGAACAGUGGCAACUGCUGAAGCAAAUGGCAACAAACCAGAACAAGCCAGUGGGAGGACUCAGGAGUCUACAAGAGUUCAACCAGAAAGCUGAACAACUGGAAGCUUGGAUCAGACAGAAGGAAGAGAAACCUGUAUUGUCUAUCCUGCUACAAGAAAAUGCAGACAAAAUUCAGCUUACGCGGCGUAUCCUUGACUUAAAACAGGAGCAGCAGCAGUUCCAGGCCCUGCAUGAGGAAAUCAACAGCCUGGCUCACAAGCUUGAGAAGCAAGGGAAGAGUGAGAGUCGGAGCAUCAUGGCCCGGCGUAAGCAUCUCAAUAAGAGGUGGCUGCAAGUCCAGGGAAUCCUGAAAGAACAUUUUGAGACCCUGCAGUUGGCUCUGGAGGUAGCUGCUUUUCUACAACAAGCAGAUGUGUUCCUGGGGGCCAUUCGUGCAAAGUGGAGGAGUCUUUGUGGAUUGGGGAAGCAGAGGGAACCUGAGCCCAAUCCAGAUCUCGAUGUCAGGGAUUUAGCCAGCCAAGUGAUGAUGCUGGAUGUAACUGUGUCCCAGCUGACCAGCCUCCAUCCCAGCCUGGUGGCCUGGGUUUCUCUCAAGCAUCAAGAUGUCAAGGAAAGCUGGGCCCAGCUCCAACAACUGCUCAGGAGUGAGAAGCCUCCACUGGUGGCUUUGAGAAGGAGAACGAUUGAUUCACCAAGUUCUGAUCAUGAGAUCACCCCCUCUAGAAGCAGUCCAGGGAGAGAGGCUGGAGAAAAAACAGUAUGGAAAGCACAUAAAGACAUUUUAGAAAGCAUGGCAGAGCACUUGAGAGAUCCGGAGGGCAACUCAGACUCACCCAGAAGAGAGGACAUUGCCAGUGACAACAAGAGGAGGAGGAAACUUCUCAGGCAAGCAAAUACUUCUGAGGACCCACCACAGCCAAAGAAGGCACACCCUCAGGACUUCUGCCAGGUGGCUGAUGGGAAACUACAAGAAUUAUUGCAUACUGACUGCAGGUGGAGCCCUCAAAUGGACAAUGCCCUUGAAGAGCUGGAAGAACUAUGGGAAGAAUUAAAAAGAAAGCACCAAGAGAAUGGUGCAGCCCUGAGGGAGAUUGAUACAGCCCUGAAGUUGGUUGGGGAGCUGGAGGAAGCAGAGAGUUGGCUAGGAACCACGGUGGGCUUCCUCUCUGCCCCCAGAGCAAAGAAGAAGCCUGCUGACCUCCACGGGGACCUGAAAAAUAUUGGCACCCUAGAGAACCAGGCUGGGGUCUGGAGUAUUAAGCUUCGGGCCCUGCAAGAGAAAAUCCGGGUGGAAUCUUCCUCAGAACACACAGCAAUGGCAAUGAUUCAGAGGAAGAUGGAACGAGUAAAAGAAAGGUUCGUUUAUGUGCAGGAUGCCCUUCGGCGCCGAGCAUCGGAUUUGCGUGAUUCUUUGAUUUUAAUAGAAUUCUUGCAGAAUGUGCAACUGGAGGAAAUGCUAAGUCAGAGGAAUGAAAAACAGGCAGUGCCUAACAAGCUUGGCUCCCAGGAGUCUUUGCAAUUUCUCAUAGCCCAGAGUGGGCAACAGUUGAGCACUGAGGACAUGAGCAGGCCACUGGAAGAGCUUCAGGAAGCAGUGGAGAUGCUGAAUGAUGUGGCGAAGGAACGAGAACAGGCCAAUGAGGCAAGGAAACACAGAGAAAGCUUUCCAUACGUUGAACAGACCUUUGGGGAUUGCGAAGAAACUGGGUUGGCCUGGAUCAUUUCUCACAUGCAGACUGUGAGGGACAGAGCUGAAAGAUUGGCUGAAGACAUUAGUCAGGCAGAGAGAAGUUUUGCCAUGGUGAAGAGUGAGGGAGAUUUGCUGGAGCUGGAAAGACUGCUGGAAAGGCAGAAAGAGAUUGAGAGUGAUAUGUCAAAGCUGGCAAAGGAUAUGGAAAAGCUGGAGAAUGCAGUCAUUCAACAGCAGGAAAACUACCUACUUCAAAUAUCGCAUGAAUCCAGAAGGAUACUUGAAAUACUAGAAUCUUGGAAGGAUCUACAAAAGUUGGUGUUGCAAAAUGCACUCCAUGGACAGCAGGCUAGUCAUCUGCGACAAUUCUUUAGGGAUUAUUUGGCCAUUAUCUCCUGGACAGAAGAUACCAGGGCACAGAUCUUCUCAGAGAGUUCAAGUACACAUGGUCUGACAGAAGCUCAGUGGAAAGAAAUCGAAAAUAAUAUGGAGGCAAAAUUCAAGGAGUUUGAGGAUUUGGCAACAGCUGGAUGGAAGCUGAUAGCUGAGGAACACUUCUUGAGUGAGACAAUAAAGGAACGAUUGGAGGAGCUGCAAAGUAUGCUGGGAUGGGUGAUGGUUCGCUGGCAAGCACAGAGUUCGCAGAAGGAUGCUGACAAUGAAAAGAAUGGCCAAGAGUCUCGGGAUGGUAUUCUUAAUAAAACCCAGAUUAAAGUGCAUCCUGAAACCUGUGUAUCUGGGGCAAAUGAUACUUUGAGCAUGUGUGUGGCUGAAAGCCCUGUACUCACCCCGGGCUCACUAAAGAAUGGUUCUGCAGCACAGAAUUAUGAGAGAAAAGGGAGCUCUAUGUCCACUGCAAUCCUGUCUACCAUAGAUGUCCUUCCAGUGCAGAAACAGAGCUUGAAAGAAUUGGAAAACCAUGUUCCUGCUGAAAUAGCCAUCCCCAAGAAGACUCUGGUCCUAGAAGCUUCAGAGACACCAGUAUUGGUGCUACCACCACCAGGCCCCGGCAGCCUGGGAGGCACAGUAAACUUGAUCUUGAGCAUUGGGAAGAAGGAGGAGAAAGAAGCUCCAGAAAACCAAUCUAGAAUAUCACCACCAUUGGGACAAGAGGCCUUGCACAAGCACUCUGAAACUAAACCUUCAACCUGUAAAACUUUCUGGAAACGUUGUCAGGGAUUUUUAGGUAGUUUAAAGAGAAAGAAAAGGCUGCCACGCCAGCAUGCAGAAGAGGUGAGCACUUAUUUGCAGGUGAAAGAGAAGGAUUUAGAUGUCGUCCAUGAAGGUUCAGUCUCCAUGCCACAAACUAUUAGCCAGAUACCCUCUCAAACUUAUUCUUCCCCACUUCCUAGACCAGGGUGGACUACUACAGCCACCCAAACUUUGCCCAAGGCCAGCUCCAGCUACUUUUUGCAAAGCCUGAAGCAAAAAGGGAAAGGGAAGACAGCAGAAGAUGCCCAACUGCUCACCUUGCAGGGGAUCAUGGGAACAGAACUAAAGGAUCUUCAGUUUGGACAAGAAAAGAAGCAGAGCACUAGUAACACAUGGCCCCCUAAGAACAGGAGAAGGGCACAAUACCUGCGGACAUCAAGAAACCUCAGAAAUAUGGCUGAUGAUGUGAAGAACCCACUGGCAUGGGUUAUCGACAGUGAUUGUGACUCAAUAGGAGAAACAGCUGAAAGACAUGUACUCUUGGGACAAAAAAGAGGCCUCGGUAGCCCCCAGUUACCAACAGUGAAGCUGAACAAAUGCCAGCAUCUUUCUCUGGGCUCUGUCUUGAGCCUGGAGCUCCCCAAAGACCCCACUAUCCUUAGAAAUGUCCAUGAGACCAUCAAGGUGACCAAAGAGGGAUUAGCAGAAAGGAAGUGUUCCAACCAUGGCUGUCAGUUGGCUCAAGGAAGCUCAGAUGGAGCAAAGAUCCAGGAGAAAAUUACCAUCCUGCAAAAACGGGGACUAGAAGGGCAGUCAGAGAUACACCAAAGUGCCCGCAGUAGGGAUAAGGGUGGUACAUGGUUUGAAGAGGUGAGUGCCAAUCCAAGCUACAGCAGGCAUAAGGCUCACAUUGUGCCUCCUUGUAGGGAAGACAGACUGAGUCCCAAGAAUUACAGCAGCUCUGGUGAUGACUUUCUGGAUUUCAAGCAGAUCCGGCUGUCCCGCAUCAGUGUACUGCACGAGCAGAUAGGCUGGGAGUGGGACAAGCUAGCUGCUUCAUUGCGUACAACUGGAAGCUCUAGUCAUGUAGAGGCAAAAGACCCAACUGAGCAAAAAACAUCCAGGAUGAGAAUGAAGUCCUCUCCUACUAAGCAUGCAAGCAAGGCUUCUUACACAACUCAAGUGAAGAAUCCUUUAGUAAAUGAAAUGCCAGAGAAGGAAAACACCCAGAGCUCCAUGGAAAGCUUUGUAAGAAUUACUCCCAUAUUAACACCCCUGGCCAUCAAAUCUCCAUCCAAGUUGUCUGUGUUUGAACAGGAAAGCAUCCCGGCAUCAUCAAAGCCAGGCUCUCUCAUCCUGACUUCCAAAGGAAAUGUGACUGAAGGGCCAAAGUCACAAGGUCUAGAGAUGUGUCCCCCUGCCCAUGAGUUGUUUGAAGAGGAGGAAGAGGAACUGCAGGCCAUAUGGAACAAUGUAGAGAAGCAGAAGAGAAACACAGGCACCCAGAGCAUCACAGGGGAAAAGGCAGAUAAGGUCCAAAGCCCAGACAAUUAUAAUGGGAAACUCAUACUAACAUCAGCAGAUAACAUCUUGGUAGCCAAGUUCAAGCUUCCUACCCCUGCCCAGAGCUUGGAAGGAGGGAGAGCUACCAGCAUUGGACUUGACAGCAAAAACAGCUCAAGUCAGCAUGACUGGGCAUCCAGGCCUUUUUUCCAGAAGCAGUCUGAGAGGGCAGAAGCUUCGCCCAUAGGAUCCCUACAAAACAUAUGCCACCUAGAACCAAGGAAGCUCGAAGACGGGGACAGAAAUAUUGGAAAGCAGAAUCCCAGUAAACUGGAGCUUCAGAUGAUGGAAGGGACACUGGAAAGGAAGCAUUUAUUACAAGCAGGAGGCAAAAAGGCAAACUGUCGUUCCUGGAACUCGUUCCAUACAGUGCUGAUGAGACAAACUUUGUGUUUUUAUCAAGACAAGAAAGAUACCCUCAAGAGCUCUGCAGUGGCCUUCCCACUAAACAUUUCUGGAGCUGUUUGCACCCUUGAUAAAGAAUAUACCAAAAAGGACAACUGUUUCACACUGCAGAUGAAAGAUGGCUCCAAGUAUCUCCUUAGAGCUACAACUGAGCCACUCAUGAAAGAGUGGGUUAUAAAAUUGCAGCAAAACUCAGGUGUGCUUGAUGUGGAUUAUUUCCAGUCAGCUUCCCAGGCUGCCCAAGAAAAAACUUGCUCUGUUAGUGUGAUUCCUGGCAGAGGUGUUUCCCACUUCUUGGGUCUUCAGCAUCCCUUUGCAAGCAAGAACCAAGAUGCCAUGCUGCUGCCAAGGUCAAGGGGCAAAAUGCAGUUGCCGUAUGGUGCACAUGAGGACCCUCUUGAUACAGCAGCAUCACAGACAGGAAAUGUUCACAGAUCUGCCAUUUACACUACAGACCACAGCCUGAAGCCAUGCUCCCCGACAGAGUCUGCAAGGUCACAAGAGACUAACUUUUUUCAGGAAGAGGAGGACUGUGGGCUAGUGGCAAACAAGAGGCGGUCGUACUCUUUUACAUCCGCUACAUACCAGAAGAUUUCCCCUUUGUCAGUGUCCAAAGAACCCCUGGGCAUUGGCAGCAGCUACUCGGUCACUCUGUACAUCGGAGAGCAAGCAGCUGCUCCCUCCAGGCCUCGCUGCCAUUCCUUCGUAGCCACUGCUGGUACAUCCCAAGAUCUCUUGGGUGGGAGAAGCCAAGGCGCCUCGCCCCGCCAGAAGAACAAAUCUGUUUUCAGAAAGUUCUUUGGAAAGAAAGACUGAAAUACCAGCUCAUUCCAGCACAAGACCUUUCAUUGAUCUACUAGGCCUGAUUGCUUCCUGUGACUACUAUUCACUUGCACAUCUAGCCACUAAGAUUUGCCAAGAAGUGGUUGAGAAAGGCUCUGCUCAUGUUAAACACCUCUUAGUCCUGUUUUACACUGUUUUUACACUUUACCUAUUCGACCCUAAUAGGUGUUUAUGGGGUCAAACUUUCUUCAUGUUUUGUCAGGGUCAUACCCUGCCAACCACCUUGAGACUUUUCCUUGUAGGCACUCAGUCCUUGUUUGCCAUGCAAGCUAAUGGAGAAACCGGAUAAAGCAUUCCUAAUGUUUGCCUAGUUCUUGAUGGGAGCAAAGAAAGAAAGAAAGAAAGAAAGAAAGAAAGAAAGAAAGAAAGAAAGAAAGAAAGAAAGAAAGAAAGGGCUUUCUUUUAACCAAUUAUCCAUGCUACACAAUUUAUUACAAGCACAGGGUUGACAGCUGUUCUUUAUUUUCCUUUUUCUUUACUCGACCUUGCUGUUGUACUUCCUAACCUAGGAUGGACAGCUGCUUCACCAAAUUUCAGAAGCUGUUGGUAUGUCAUAUAUGUCGUACAUUUAGACAGAGGGAUGGGAAGACUGCUUCUUUGUAGUACAUCUUCCUGGAAUCCUGCCCAGCCAGCAGAGCCGCAUGCUGAUUAACUGGAUUCUGGGAACUGCAGUAAAAAAAAAAUCAAGUAAUUUUCCCAACUUGUAGUUUAGGUCUCAACAACUAUUUAUUUCACAACUUCCCCCUGGGUAAAGGGAAAGAAAUGCAGUGGGCUCAGCUACUUCAGGUUCUGGCCCAAACUCGUACUACUGUAUUCCAGCAUCCACUUCAUAACUGAUUGUCCCUAUGGCCAGGGUGGGCAUUGUGCAGCCUUCCAAAGGUUGUUGGAUUGCAACCCCCAGCACUCCUCACCACUGCCAAAACUGAUAAAGGCUGUUGUGUCUUACAGUCCAACGAUUUCUGAAAGGCUGCAUGUUUCCCUUCCACCUCCCCAAAGGGAAUGCGGCUCUUGACAUGCUUUAAUGCAGUGGUUCUCAACCUGUGGGUCUCCAGAUGUUUUGGUCUUUAACUCCCAGAAAUCCGAACAGCUGGUAAACUGGCUGGGAUUUCUGGGAGUUGUAGGCCAAAACACCUGGGGACCCAGAGGUUGAGAACCACUGCUUUAAUGGAUCAGCAGAUACAGGCAAGUGAUGAAAGCCAGUGUGAUGUAGCAGUUUGAGUUUGGACUGAGAUUCUUGGAGGCUACCAUUCAAAUCUCUGCUCGGUCACAGAAACAGAUCUUGGACAAGCCACAUUCCAUCAGAUGAAGGCAAUUGCAAACCUGAAUAAAUCUUGCAGUAAAAAAAAAAAAAAACACCAACCCUAGGAAGUGAUCAUCAUAAUUUGGAAUUGACUUGAAGGAACAUAGUCACAAGAACAGUUUCUCUUCAUGCUGUGAAAAACCACCUAUUUCAUUUUCCCAGGUCAAGCUGAUGUAAAUGAUAACAUCACAUACAGGGCAGUUAUUUUUUUGAUCAGCAGGCGAACCUGAAUUAGACCUAAAGCCUGAGGAGUUAUUUCUUGGGGAAAUAUGUACAUUAGUGAUGGAUUAGUAUUAGAUGAGGGCUGCUGGUAGCUCUGGGCAGUAAAACAUUUUGGAGAUUUCAAAAGGACAAUUUAUGUAUUUUUAAUAUUAAAAAAUAAAACCUAGAACAAGCACCUCGUUGUCAUUCUGCUGUCUUCUACGACCGUACCAGUGCAGCAAUUAACGCUUAUUAAAUAGCCGAUUGCUUCUCUUUGGGAGACAUUAAAAUCACAUUAAAAGACCA